GCUGCCGCUGCCCACAGGAACGAUACUCUCCUAGCUCUUCUCCGGCGCCCUCUUCCGUCCGUGAUCGCUCUAAGAAAAAUGGCGUCGAUCACCGCCCGCGCCCCCGUGGCGGCCUUGCGCCCGUCGGCGUCGCUCAACUCCGGCUUCCUCGGACACUCCAGCCGCCUUGGCCUCGCCUCCUCGACAAGCCGGCGCAGCCUCCGGGUGGAGGCCAAGGGCGAGUGGCUCCCCGGCCUCCCCUCCCCUGCAUACCUCGACGGCAAGCUGCCGGGUGACAACGGGUUCGACCCGUUGGGGCUGGCGGAGGACCCGGAGAACCUGCGGUGGUACGUGCAGGCGGAGCUGGUGAACGGGCGGUGGGCGAUGCUGGGCGUGGCGGGGAUGCUGACGCCGGAGCUGCUGACCAAGAUCGGCCUCAUCAACGCCCCCGAGUGGUACGACGCCGGCAAGUCCACAUACUUCGCCUCCUCCUCCACGCUCUUCGUCGUGGAGUUCAUCCUGUUCCACUACGUGGAGAUCCGGCGGUGGCAGGACAUCAAGGAGCCCGGCUGCGUCAACCAGGACCCCAUCUUCAAGAGCUACAGCCUGCCGCCCCACGAGUGCGGAUACCCCGGCAGCGUCUUCAACCCGCUCAACUUCGCGCCCACGCUCGAGGCCAAGGAGAAGGAGAUCGCCAACGGGAGGCUGGCGAUGCUGGCGUACCUGGGUUUCUCGGUGCAGCACGCGGUCACCGGAAAAGGGCCGCUCGACAACCUGUUCCAGCACCUGUCUGACCCGUGGCACAACACCAUCAUCCAGACCUUCUCCGGCUAAUUAAGUCGACGUGUGCCUGCUGGUGCUGGAGGCAGAUUGAUGCAUGCAUGUAAAAUUGAUUGAUGGGACGAUAUGUCUCUCUAGUUGAAAUGGUCGACAAUGCACUUAAUUUGUGUUGUAAAGUACUACUCCGUGCUAGUGUUAUGCAUGCUAUGUGUAUGGAUGCAUGGUGGAUCGAGGAGUGGAUGUGAUUGGUAUGUACAUUACAGAGGAAGCUGAUGGUUCAGUGCUGUAGUAUCUUGUGACGAUGAUGAUCUUUGUUGUGCCUAAUAGCAUUGUGCUUAUUAAUUAACUGUUUUUUUUUGCGCU